CCCUCCUCUAGAUCUGUAGCUAGCCAUGGCCAGAUUCUACCCCAGCAUGAAGGGAAGGGAAAGGGUGGUGAAGAGAAUGAGGCAGGGAAGCCUUCAGCUAAUAGACCUAGAUACCCACUUGCAAAGAGUAAUAGCUUUGAGAACCCAUUGUUUGAAGAAGAUGAUGAAGAUGUGGCUGUUCCAGAAAAGACAGCUGCUGUUCUCGAUUCCGACAGCAACCACGAGUCUGAUGAGGAUGAAAGAAUGCUGCUUGAACUCAGAAAUGCACUGAAAGAUUCUUUGAAAAACCAAAGUUUUGACAGCGAAGAAUCGCUGUCCAAGUUUAAGGAAGCCAAUACCAGAGGUGAUGUACUGGAUGAUGAUGACAUCUUGACAGAAAUGGCGGACACCAUCAAAAAAAUCAACUCUAUGAGACAAAAACAGCCCAGUCAGGAAGAUGCUAUGUCAGACACUCUGAGUAUAAUCACUGAGAUAACAGAGCCUGGGGAUGACAUUUCUGUAAGGUCCAUUUCAGUCAGCGAAUAUGGGGAAGAGCAAAAGGCAAAGAUAAUUGAAUAUUACACAAAAUUAGGCAUAGAUGGCGUACCUAUUUCUUCAUCAGAGAGCACAGCUGAAGAGAGUGAUCAUCAGGAAGUAUUUGAUGUUAGUACAACAGAUGGACAGACGGACAAUGCAGUUACAGAAAAAAGUUUUGAAACAACUGAUGUAAAAGCCCAGGCUUCUGAAAAGCACUUUGAAAAAUCUAAGUCUUCAGAAAAAGCCAAAAAGAGAAGACUGAAGUUUUUCAGAAGGAAAUCCAAGAACAAUGAAAAAGACCAAAAGGACAAUUCUGGUCAGACCAGUAGUUUUGCCUCUUUUGGAGCAUCCUUUGAUGAUGUGGUGGAACAAAAUUUGAAACAACUUGACAGAACAAUUUCAAAUGUAAGUUUAGACAUCCCAGAUACAGCAGAACCUGUACAAGGUGCCACAGGUACACCCCCCACGCCACCUAGUGGCCAAGCACUUGAGCAGUCCAAACUUGCCAACGUAACAGAACCUCAGAUAGUCGCAACUAACAGUUAUCAAACAGACACAGCUCCUCAUCCUGUCAAAGUAGUUGUCACGCCAACUGCAGCAGAGCCAAAGUCACAUCUUGCCACCUCUGGUCAGAAAAGGAGAUAUGAAAAGAAAGAGACUUCAGGUAACAGUCCAGAUGAUUACCUGAAUGUAUCGGAUUUGGUUGGGAAGUGGGAAUCCAUGAGCCCUCAUUCAAAGAGAAAGGCCACACAAGAUCUCACAGAACCAGAAGGAAAGGACCUUUCUGUUCCACUGUUCCAGGAACAGCAACCACUACCAAAGGUGGAAGAUCAGCCUGAACCCAGGCAUAAAACAGCUCCGUUUUUCAGUGCAGCAGAAAAAGUUCAAACUGAAAGCUCCUCCCUUGAAAGCAAAGGGGAACACAGUCAAGGUGACAGCGACAGCACUAUCAGCUGUGAUGAGGGGCAUUUGUCUGCUGAAAGUGAAAAUAGGAAUAGCAUCAUUCAUGUUGAUGGAGAGGAAAACCUUAAUGCUGGUGCUAAUUCCAGAGGAAAUGGUAAUAAUGCAGAAGAAUUAAUGGAGGUGAGUGAACCCUCAGUAGGGGGAAGUGAUUUGGAUAGAACAAGAGAUGCCAUUUCAGAUGAGCAGGAAACUGCAAAGAGAACAUCAAGCAGUAAUGACUCAGUGGAAGUUACAGAUGAAAACAUCAGUUUUGAUGAAGCUAUCGAUACUGAUGCUCCAUUAAGUGGAAAUGCAGACAAUCUCCAAGAGAAGGUCAGUUGUGAAGACAGUACACAAGUUAAACAACCUGAAGCAGCAUCUACCCCACUUCAUGAACAUCAAGUGCAAGAAUCAUUUGAAAAGCAAAUGGCAGGUGAUAGAAAGCUUUCUUUAAACCUUUCUCUCAGUGGUGGAGGGCCAACAAAUUCUGAUUCAUCCAAAAUAGGAGAUCAUACUAGUUUAAAAUCUUCUUCCUCUGAUCACUCUCUGCCAGAUUCUCCUAGUACUUCUUCUAUUUCUAGUCGCACCAGACCUUUCCUGCGCUAUAACUCCUCUCCUGCUGUAGCCCCCUCGCCCUCCUCCUCCCCUCCACCCAAACCACUGCGACAUCAGCCAGUCAGCAUUGAUUCCGGUACUUUUCCAGCAGAUGAAGCUGAUGAUUCUGACAGAGCACUAGCUUCCACACCAUUAGACACAGAGCAGAGCAAUGGUCAUGCUAAUGGUCACUCAGUCAGGCCUCCCUCUAUCUCGGUCACUUCUCAUGCUGAAGAUGACCAGGAGAUUCUCUCUGAGGAGCUUACUGACACUUUCAAAGAAGAUGAGAAUAUUGAUGAGCUCUUCGCAACACACAGGUCCAUCCAUUCCAGUACAGGAAAUUUGCAUGUUUCAUUUGGCGGAAGCCAAGGAAGUCUUUCCAGUUAUUACAGCAAUGCAGGGGAGGAUCGCUAUGGCAACAUCCCUGUGUCUGGAGAAAUCCUGCUCAGUAUGGAGUAUGACUACAAGAAAGGGUGGCUGGUUAUACAUAUAAAACGCUGCCAAGACCUAGCUCCAGCUGAUGUCAAGAAGAAUAGAUCUGACCCCUACGUCAAGACCUACCUUUUGCCAGAUAAAACAAGAGGAGGGAAGAGAAAAACAAAGAUUAAGAAGCAUACCUUGAACCCCACAUUUGAUGAAUCAUUGCGGUACAUUGUCACUAAGAGUGAGCUGGAAACGAGAACUCUGUGGUUGUCAGUCUGGCACAGUGAUACAUUUGGGCACAAUGAGUUCCUGGGUGAGGUUCUUCUGCCCCUUAAUGAGCAGAACUUCGAUGACACCUCGCCGAGGUGGUUCCAGCUAUCAGAAAGGAUUGCAGAAGAAGAUACUUCAUUGGCUUACAGGGGUGAUCUGAGUAUUUCUCUGAAGUUUGUCCCACCAGAGUUCCUCUCCAGUGACUCUCCAGCAAAGAGUAAGAAGAAAAGCAAGAGGUCUUCCACAGAACCAAAAAAUGGUCAGCUCCAUGUUAUGAUCAGGGAGGCUAAGAAUCUCAUUGCGAUGAAAUCUGGGGGGACCUCUGAUCCUUUCUGUAAAGGAUACAUUCUUCCUGAGAAGAGCAAACAUGCCAAGCAAAAAACUAAGAUUAUUAAGAAGAAUUGUAACCCAAAGUGGAAUGAAACCUUAGUGUUCGAAAAUUUGACUCUUGAAGAGUUGGAGGAACGCUGCCUGGAACUCACAAUUUGGGACCAUGAUUUGCUUACUAGCAAUGAUUUCCUUGGUGGCACUAGACUCAGUUUGGGAACAGGCCGCAGCUAUGGACGUGAGGUCAGUUGGAUGGAUUCCCGAGGAGAAGAAAUUUCUGUCUGGCAGCACAUGUUGGAUCAUCCCAAUGCCUGGGCAGAUGUAACUUUGAUGCUUAGAGCAACCAUGGGCAAAAGUUCAUGAAACUGGAAAGUGUCAUCCUUCCGAAGGUUAUAGUACAUAGAGAGAUUGAACACUGUGAUGCUGGAUUGCCCAUGCCAAGCUGUAAAAUAUUAUUGAAUUAUUCAGAAUUAUUAACCCGUUUGAAUAGUUAAGUUGUUCAAUGUAAAUGACAACAUUUGUAUUUUGAUUAGAAUAUUAUGUACUUUGAGCAGUGUGUAGUUUUCAAUCCAAGCAUCAUGACCCCACUUCAAAUUCUACUCUGGCAUACAAGUUAACUUACAGUCUAUACCUAAUCCACUGCUUAACAUUCCCUAAUGACUGCAAAACUUUACCAAGUACUUCUAUAGCAAUAUUAUAGGACUAUCACUUCAUGUACAAAAAAUAUAUUUACAUUGUGGUACCUGUGUUUCACAAAUAUGUGCAAUUAAUCGCUAUUUAUUUUACUUGAUUUUUCUUGGCUCAAUUUUUGAUGGUCAGGCACUAUAUUAGAGAGCAUACAUUCCAAAAGGAUCCCUUUUUAAUGCCAGUCUCUUUAAAUGCCCUUAACAAAACAAAAUAUAGAUUAAAUUCAUGUUUUCUUAUGAAAACAGGCAUUUUAUUUAAUUUUCAGAAGAUGUUAAUGUCUGAUAUUAGAAGCCUGUACAUUACAUCAUCUAUAUAUCAAUUAUAAACCCCACUAAGGUCAAGCCAAAGACCAUAAUAAAUAUGGCAUCUGCUGUCUCCUUGCUAAGAACUUUAGCAUUUAGGGCCUUAAGUAGGUUGAAAGAGGCCAGUAAUAAUAAAGUCAAUUGUGUUGCACCAUAUGUCACAAUUAAACAUAAUUUGAAUUGCAGAAGUGGGAUUGUAGCAAAAACAAUAAUCUCAUAAAUAGCCUGCCCAGGCAAUCCUGGCAUACGUACCUUGGUUAUGCAUCAAUAGUCAAUCCACUUAAAUAAAUGGCUGAAGCUCUUUGUAAUCUUACUUAAAAUUGGUAUGGGUUGCAGAAAAUUAUCUUUGAAUUUUGACAUGUCAUUGUUAAUAAACCCUACUCAAAUAUAAAAACAUAGGUUGUAUUUUGACUUUUUAAAAGAUUAAUUCAGUUGAAUUAUGUUUGAUGAUGAUAUAAAUACAUCACUUGUAACUUUUACAAUUGGAAAGAGUGUAUUAGAAUUGCAUUAAAUGCGUAUUGAAUCUUUAUAUGGCCUCUCUAUGGCUUAGAGUAUGUGUUAAAUUUGAUUUUUGUUAUGAACUAACUCUCUCAUGCAUAAUGCCUUUUGACUUUCCUGCGACUUAAUGGCAUUUAGAAAAUAAAUAAUCAGUUUAUAGUUUAAGUAUAAUUUCAAGUAUACGCAGCUUUGAAUUUGUAUACUCAUAAGUUAUCCUCUUCUAUUCACAAAGUAACAAAAUUUGCAAAUUUUCCUGUCAAAACAUUUUUUUCACUGCCUGAAACACUGAAUACAAAUCUACUGCUUGUAGAUCUGUCAGUCUCUUGACAAGGGAAUGGAUAACCUGUGCUGGUAGGGAUGCAUGAAACUAAGUGAAGUCCAUCAUUUAGGAGGAAAAGACAUCAAAUUGUAAAAAUUAAACACGUAUUUCAUAAACAUAAUGAUAUUUUAUGAUAAACAGGGUUGUGGGACUCUUUACAUUAGUAAAAACUUGCAGACGCAUUUAUGUAUUUUUGUUUGUUUGUUUGUUUUUGUGUACCUUUAAUUUUUCUAAUACUCUUAUUUUCUGUCAGAAAAGUGAUAUCAUUGUACUCUUAAAUUGCCUUGAAUAUGUUUAUUGUUGAAAUGUAAUAAAUUCUCACUUACA